AUGGCACGCGUAAAACAAACACCAAUGAAAGCGGUGCAAACACGUGGAAAAGAAAAAGGACAACAACGCCGUCCACACCGCUAUCGUCCAGGAGUGGUCGCGCUCCGCGAAAUCCGCCGCUAUCAACGCAGCACCGAACUGCUGAUUCCAAAAUUAUCGUUCCAGCGCUUGGUGCGUGAAAUUCUGCAAAAAGUACCAAAAGUACAACCCGACCAUCGCGUACAAGUUGAUGCAAUGGGUGCAUUACAAGAAGGCACCGAAAGUUACAUCAUUGGACUUUUCGAGGAUGCCAAUUUGUGCGCCGUUCACACCAAACGCGCAACCAUCAUUCCGAAAGACAUUCAGCUGGCACGUCGUCUCCGAGGCGAUAAAUAA